GUUCCUUUCGCGACAAUCGCAGAGCUAUGGAGGAGCAGUCGAGGAUGACCCAAACGUCCCCGGGAGUCGGCCACAAGAGCACACAAACGGUGUCCCGGCGAGGACUCUGCAGGGCUACGGUGGAGAUGCUCUUCUCCGUCUGGCCCUUCCGAUGGCUGGGCGCCCUCCUGGAGCAGUUCUGCGGCCUGCUGCUCAGGUUCAUGGACCUCGUGGCCCCCGACCCGGCCGCUCCCUGCAGGCGACCGAGCCCCACGGCGCGGCGCAACCGCGAGGGCCGCAAGCGCGCCUCCAGCGUCGAGCAGGUUCUGAGCCGCGUGCUGCUGGUGGGCCUCAUGCGCUCGGUCGUCGGGAUGCCCAGCGUGGCCUCGUUUGGCACGCCGCUGCUCUACAGCCGAGGCUUGGGCAAGUCGCCCAACAAGCAGGAUGGGAAAGGGCGCAAGCAAUCUGAGCUGCUCCAGAUCGACGAGGACGAGAGUGACGCCAGUGGAGAGGGCGACCUCUCGGACGCGAGCAGCUUCAAAGCUGAAGAUCUCCUCCCUUCUGUGGGACAGGCGUCCAUCGCCGAGAGCGCCACGCCGGCGAGCCUGGAGCUGAACGAAUCUCGGGGCUCGACGAUCGUGCAGGACACCAGCUCCGAGGAUGAGGGCGACGAGAAGGAGCUUCGAAAAGCCACCCUGAGCGCCCUCAUGGGGGACGACCUCCCCGAUGAAGACAGCGUUGAUGACCCAAGCUACGUGGUGAGCACGUCGGAGACUCUGGACAGUGACGAGGUCGUGGACAGCGAGGCGUCGAGCGAGGCUUCGAGCGACCGCAGCGAGGCUUCGAGCGACAAGGCGGAGUUCAUGAACGCAAUGGCAGGCUUGGGCAAGUCGCCCAACAAGCAGGAUGGGAAAGGGAGCAAGCGCAAGCAAUCCGAGCUGCUCCAGAUCGACGAGAACGAGAGUGACGCCAGUGGAGAGGGCGACCUCUCGGACGCGAGCAGCUUCAAAGCUGAAGAUCUCCUCCCUUCUGUGGGACAGGCGUCCAUCGCCGAGAGCGCCACGCCGGCGAGCCUGGAGCUGAACGAAUCUCGGGGCUCGACGAUCGUGCAGGACACCAGCUCCGAGGAUGAGGGCGACGAGGAGGAGCUUCGGAAAGCCAACCUGAGUGCCCUCAUGGGGGACGACCUCCCCGAUGAAGACAGCUUUGAUGACCCAAGCUACGUGGUGAGCACGUCGGAGACUCUGGACAGUGACGAGGUCGUGGACAGCGAGGCUUCGGGCGACUGCGAGAUGUUGCAUGACGACAAGGCGGAGUUCAUGAACGCAAUGGCAGGUCUGUUGCUGAAUUCAACCGACAUCCUUGUGGUGGUGGGGCUAGCGUGGAUAACGCCUACCUUGCGCAACUUUCAACAAGAUUUGGUUAAAAUAAUGAAACUCUGCUGAAAGGACUUUCUGUACUGAACUAUCCUGCCCACCUGGUUUUGGUACGGUGUCGUGACCACGUGCGAUUUAACCCCAUGCUGGAUGGAAUCGACAAGGAUCCUACUGAAUGUACAUUGCACCUCGGCCAUCUAACGUAAAAAAUAAACUGCAAGAAAAUACAUUUCAAUUGGUUGGCCUGAUCAAUCGUGUGGUCCCUGGCUGGAUAUACACUGAAAGAGAGUUGCAUUGUUAACGCAUCCGUGGCCGACUGAAUGGCCUUGGCCGUUUGUCGGUUUUGAAUUCGAUUCCAACGGUUGCCCAGCAUUCUUCCGGCGAAUUAUCAAAACGUGACGUUUGGAUGCAAGGCAUCACCUUAUCACACUUGGGGCCAUAUUACAUUGAUGUGGGUCAAGUUGGAGAUUACCGGAUUCCUCCCAUGCUUUUAAAACAAAUUGGCCUGCAUCUUGUAAACCAGGUGUGGGUGUGGGGAGGGGACGGUAGUCACAAAGUGUAUUUAACUUUAUUUACGAACUGGAACGAGUUUUAAGUGAAGUUUACUUGCUGGCGCGUCUUUUUUUACGCGUAAUUUCAAACGUGUAAUGUCAAUGGUUAAUUGUUUCCCGUGCUGCCCCGCGUCUCGUGAGAGGGGUGAGACGCACUAGCGUCUCGACUUCCUGCUGCUUGGAUGUUGAAAUUUUAAACAGACUUUUUUAUUUAUUUUUGUUUGCGUUU